AUGGGCCGAGCUUCGCUGUUUCCGCGUUUCAGGCCUGACAAACGAAGCCCAAUUCGAAGUCGAUCCCUGAUUGGUCUUUUCUGCCGCCCUAAUGCUUCACCCGAGGUACGACGGUUCGUCUUCCGGUAUGGGUCUAUAAAAGAAGAAGCCCUCAUCUCAUUUCUCCUCACUUCGCUUCUUUCGCUUCUCUCUCUAAAGGUAUUUGUUCUCUCUCCUUCUCUCUCUAGUUUUUCGUUAGGUAGGUUUUUGUUGUCCCAUCACCUCCGAGUCCGCCGUCUUAGUUUAAACUUCCUAAUCGAUCUUCAAAGACUUCGCCGUCUCGACCUAGUUUAUGGCUUUCUUCAAAGAGACCGUUGUUCUAUCUGGUUGAUGUCCUCUCCGAUUCAGAUUGAUUCUUCCGGUGAAAACUCUCCUAAUCAGAAUUUGGUCAGCUCGUCUUAUGCAUCUUUGUCUUACAGUUUAUCAUUGAUGGAGGAAGAGACCAUAGCUCGUGUUCAUAAAGCUCGCAUCUCGAAAGAAGGUGAUGCGGAAUCUAGCUCAGUCGAGGGUCCACGACCUAGUCAUUGGCCUUUUGAGGUCGAAACUUCGAAAGCUCCUAAAGUCGUUGGAUCCUUCCCUCCCGGGGCUCGAUAUAGCCGUGGGCGGUCUCAGCGUGGCUCUCUUUGGACAGGGGUACAAGAGGAUCCCAACUCUUUUGGUUUAUCGAUCUCGACUCCGGACAGACGGGACCCUCCAGGACCCGGCCUAGGGCAUCACAGAAAAUUAGUUCGUUUUGACGAUCAGAAGACCACGUCGUCCCUUGAGUCAUUGGAGGCGAUGCGAUCUGCCAGGAAUCUCUCAAAGAUCGUUGAAUUCCUGGUGCCUGGAGAGAGUGACCGCUCCUAG